UGGUCGUCUAGCUGGAAUGUAACCAGUUUCUGCUUCCUUGAUACGGCGGAGUUCCGCGUCUUUUGUCCGACAUUGACUCCAUUGAUCGUCACAAUCCUUCCUGCGUCGCCCGCCCGCCCCGUUAUGGACUGCGGUAUAUAACCCUAACUUCCCCCCGCUUUGCUGCAAGAUGACUCCGAGAGCUCCCCGACUGUGUCAUCGUACGACCCGCGCCUCGCUCUUCAUAACCCUCGGCCUGCUCCUCCUGGCUCUGAACCUCAUCCCCUCCUCAAUGCUGCUCUCCUCCACCCAGGUGGUCCUGGCCACCCUGGGCGCCAGCGCGGCCGCUCUGCCCAGCACAUCAUCAUCCGCCGCAGCCUCCGCACCGACGGGCUCCGCCCUCCCCGCUGGCUUCGACAUCACCGCAUACUGGGGCAACCUGAGCCCCUACAAAGAUGGACCCGGCUUCAACGUCUCAACCGGCGUCCCGCUGGGCUGCGAGCUCUCGCAGGUGCACGUCCUGCACCGCCACGCCCAGCGGUACCCGACGCCGUAUGCGCUGGACGGCCUCAGCAUGGAGGCUUUUGCGCAGAAGCUCCAGAACUACAGCCUGCAGCACCCCAACGAGACGCUGGGCACCGGCCCGCUGGCCUUUCUGAAUGAUUGGAAGUACCUCAUGGGCGAGGAUCUCCUGCUGCCCUCCGGCGCGGCCACCGAGGCGACGUCCGGGGCCAACUUCUGGAACAAAUACGGCCGGCCGUUGUUCCGCGCCCCCGCCGGUCUCGCGGACUGGGAUCCGUCGUUGAACGUGUACCCCAAUGGGACGCAGCGGCCCAAGCCCAUUUUCCGGACGACAGGGCAGGCGCGGAUUCUCGAGAGCGCGCGGUGGUGGUUGAGUGGAUUCUUCAGCAGCACGAACGCCAACAACUCCGCCAGCCAAUACGACCUGGUGAUCAUCCCCGAGACAAGCGGCUACAACAACACCCUAGCAGCGACGUGCCCCGAGGCGCAGUACGAGGGCGACACCUCCGCCGAAACCUUCCUGAACAUCACCACCCCGACAAUCCUGCACCGCCUAACGCCCUACCUCCCCCCGCAGCUCGCCGCAACGCUCACCCCGCUCGACAUCCUCAGCAUGCUAAACCUGUGCCCCUACGAGACCGCCGUCCUCGGCAGCUCGGCCUUCUGCCCCCUGUUCACCGCGGCCGACUGGGAAAUCUUCGCCUACGCCCUCGACCUCCAAUUCUACGGCGACUACGGCUUCGGCUCGGCGUCCGGCCGCGCCCAGGGCCUCGGGUGGGUGCUCGAGCUCGCCGCGCGCCUCAACAACAGCCUCAUCACCACGCAAGCCGCCAACAUCAACCUCACCUACGACUCUUCCCCGAAAACCUUUCCCUUGCAUCAGCAACUGUACAUGGACAUGUCGCACGACGACGUGAUCGUCUCCGUGCUCGCCGCGCUGGGCGUCGAGUACUUCAACUUCGGGCCGCAUGGGUUGCCCGGCAACGUGAGCGUGCCGCCGCCCAGACGGUUCAGGUUGAAUGAGGUGGCGCCGUUCGGGGCGCAUCUGGUGGCGGAGGUGUGGUCGUGUCCUGUCGCCCAUAAAAAGGUGUUGGGGGGCGCGACGCUGUAUGAGAAUCCGGCAGUGAAGGGGGUCGUCGAGGCGGAGGAUUGGGUGCGGUUUGUGCUGAAUGGGCGGACGGUGCCGCUGGGGGGCGUGAGUGGGUGUGCUGAUGCGGGGGAUGGGUUUUGUUUGGUGGAGGGGUUGCUGGGCGGUGUCGGGGAGAUGGUCAGGUUGGCGGAGUAUGAGAGGGCGUGUUUGGGGAAUGGAACUACUAGUCAUGGGCAGGUUGGGGAUGGGAGGCCGGUGUAAGUUGGUUCUGUUUGGAAGGAGGUGUGUGGUGGUGAGGAGGUUAGAGGUGGAGGGAGGAUUGUUUGGAUGAGUUCAUCUAGAAGUGAGACGCGGUGGAAGUGGGAUU